UACCUCUUGCCGCCGCUCGAGGACGAGGACAACGGAAAGAAAUGUCUGGUUCUGGACCUGGAUGAAACUCUGGUCCACAGUUCCUUCAAGCCGGUGCCUCAAGCCGAUUUCAUUAUCCCCGUUGAGAUUGAUGAUCAAGUCCAUAAUGUUUACGUGCUAAAGCGACCUGGAGUCGAUGUGUUUUUGCAGCGGCUGGGCCCCCAGUUCGAGAUUGUUGUGUUCACAGCUAGUCUGGCAAAGUAUGCCGACCCUGUUCUAGACAAGCUCGACAAAUAUGGGGUUGUCGACCAUAGACUGUUCAGAGAGGCGUGCAUCCACCACAAGGGGAACUACGUCAAAGAUCUCGGCCAACUGGGACGCGACCUGAGAGACGUCAUCAUCCUCGACAACUCUCCGGCAUCCUACAUCUUCCAUCCCAGCAACGCCAUCCCAAUCACCAGCUGGUUCAGUGAUCCGAACGACACCGAACUCUUGGAUCUGAUACCGUUUUUGGAAGACCUCAAGCUCGUGGAUGAUGUCACAAAGAUCUUGGACAACUCCAAGAGUGAUUGA